AUGGCCGCCGCAACGGUUAACGUCCAGAACAUCGCAGCCGCGACAAGCGACCAAGAGAUCAAGAACUUCUUCAGCUUCUGUGGUAAGAUUGCCGAUUUCCAAGUCACCCAAGAAGGCGACACCAAGCGCGCCGACGUCACCUUCGAGAAGGAGACGGCCAUGAAGACUGCUCUCCUCCUCAACAAGACCAAGCUUGGGCCAAACCACAUCAUCGUCACCAGCUCCGGCUCCACCACCGACGACGAGGGCCACCACGACGCCAAAGCGGACCGCGACUCGGACGAGAUCACGCAGGAGGAGAAGCCCCGCGCUCGCAUCCUCGCCGAGUAUCUCGCCCACGGCUACGUGGUCGGUGACGCCGCCCUCGAGCGCGCCAUCGAGCUCGACACCAAGCACAACGUGUCCAGCCGCUUCCUCAGCACUAUCCAGCAGAUCGACCAAAAGUACCAUGCGACGGAUCGCGCCAAGGCUGCCGACACCAACUACGGCAUCUCCCAGCGCGCCAACAGCUUCCUGACCGGCAUCGGCUCCUACUUUGAAAAGGCCAGCAACCACCCGACGGGAAAGAAGAUUGUCAAGUUUUACACCGACGGCUCGCGCCAGGUGCAGGAUAUCCACGCCGAGGCCCGACGUCUCGCCGACCUGAAGAAGCAGGAGCACGGCGGAAGCGCCUACAAGGCCGCCGGGUUGGAGAGAGUGUUGGGCAAGGAGGCCCCCAAGGAGUCUACUCCCGCCACCGCCAGCGCCAGCGCCACUUCGGGAGGUGCGCCGGCCACAACUACCCCUGCCGCUACUGCGCCUACCGAAGCUAUUCCUGCCACCAAGCCUGUAGACGACAAGACUGGGUAG